AUGGAGAUACCUAAAAACAAAAACAAAAAAAAUAAAAAUCCACCUAACGGUGAGGAGGACGCAAGCGAGGUCAGCUCGCUUGCGAAUAUAACCGAGGCGCUAGAGGCAUCGUGUGCACGUGCCUCAAGUAGGAAGGAGUCGGACUCUGAGUCCGAUUCAACAUCGCAGUCUGGCACAAACAUAGCGCUGCGCCAGAAGAAAACGCGGGGGACGUUCAAGCGUCCCAGGUUGGCGGAUGGGCGAGAGCCCUCCUCUAACGAGCAGGAGGCCCCGGCCCCCAAGAUCCCCACGGCUGCGCGCGGUAGGGGCAAAGGGAAAGGCCUCCCGAGGGCGGCAGGCAGCCGAGGCGAGCCGACUGAGCGGCUAGCGGCGGAAGGGAGUGCCCUAGGCAAGGUCGCCCCCUUGGACUCCUCUGAGAUGGAGUUGUCUGCUGGUGAGGGCUCCGCAAGCGAAGGCGGCGCUGAUAGCCUUCGCCAAGAAGUCAAGGAAGCACUCCGCAUGCUGGCUGGGCAAAAAACCCAGGCCGGCAGAAAUGGAGUGCUCAAACACGCGGAAGCCGCAAUUAUGUCGGCGGUAUCCCAGCAGGGCUCAGCAGGCCGGCAGAUGGCCGCUAUGUAUAAAGAGCUGGCCGGAAUGCGGCGGGAGCUGUCACGCUUGGCGGCUGCCAAUUCUGCCCUGGAGGCUGAGCUUCGGGCAGCAAAAGCAGAGCUCGCAGCUGCUCGAGGAGCCCGAUCCCAGCCUGCGCAGCCAGCGGAGGCCGACCUUCUUGGCCUUAUGCGGCGGGAGAUGGCCGCCUUCCAGCAGCGUUUCGACGUGCUGGAGGCUAUUCGUAUGCAAAAAGAGGUGUUUUGUAAUGGGCAAGUUUUGCAGUUCGGAACCUGCCCCGAUGUGAAAACUAUGCAGUACUUCGACGUCGAAGAAUUUUUGGGGCAAUGGUAUGAAAUAGAGAGAUUCCCAAUCUGGUACGAGCAAUACGGUGAUUGUGCAUACAAAAGAUUACAGUACUGUGGACGACGUGUGGAGAUUGAACAUGUAUACGUUAGAGAUGGCGUGCAAUUCGUCCUGCACCUUAAUACCACCUACAUACCUGGACACGAAGCUGUAUUUGAGAUACCACAGAGUAAUAUUGCGAAACUUUGGAACGAUCUUUCGGCCGCGGUAUUUCCCGAACGAUACGACCUUCAAACCUUCAAGAAACGAGCCUACUCCUUCUUAAAAGGCCGAAAAGCGCCUGUGACUCCUGAGGUGCCGAAGGCGUUCGCGGGAUCCGCCGAUCACUUACCAUCAGAUCCGAUCGGGAUACCAUUUUCGGUGAUAUCGACUGAUUACAAGAAUUAUGCAGUUGUUUACGGGUGCAAAAAUAAUGAAUCACUUGGACUCAAAUACAUUUCAGCCUGGAUUUUAUCGCGACAGUCAACCCUACCUCAAGAAUACCUGUCCUUGGCAUACAGGGAUGUGAACUCCGUGCCAUCUGUGAGCCAGAUAUACAUGGAGAAGGUCAACCACAGUGCUACAAGGUGUUCAUCAUAUUGGACUGCUCACAUUCAACCGAUUUAUUUUAAUCAAGAUGGCCAAAAAUAAAUGUUAAGAUUGUAAU